UUUGGAUCGUCAUGAGCGCAGGUCGCAUAGAAUCGCUCUCUCCUUAGUACGCUACACAACCUUUAAACUUCUGCCCCAACGUACUUGAGGAUUACUUUUAUUUCGCCCCAACAACUAUUUUUAUUUUGACAUUUUCAUUUAACGUCGAAUCGUCCUCCUUUGAGUGAUUUCUACAUUUGCUAGUGAUUUCGACGAACUCUCGAAAAGAAAAGACGUUUCCACAAUGCUCGUUUACCCUCACAGCCCGAUAGACUCGAUGGCUCAGUUGGUGCCUUGCAGCGCUGCCUACCCGCAGCCUCUGAUGCAGCAGCCGAAUUCCGCCGCCAUCCAGGCAUCGUCGACGUUGGCGGAUUUUAAUCAACACCACCAACAACAACACAACGGUGGUGGGCAAAACUUCCUGGAAGUGCCUUACACUGGCGGACAGACUGUGCCUUCGUCGCCCACCUUCUCUACGUGGAACUAUUCACCGCCGUCGUAUUGGUCCGAUUACAACCGAUCACCGCCAAUGGUCAUCAAAAGCGAACCACUUGGAUGCAAUAACUCGCAAACAGACGAAAUUGUAGCUGCAUCAUCGUUGGAAGAAUUGCUGGACGAUUACACGUUUGAUUACUACAGCGACAUAAAAGAUUUGGAAGAAAAUAACAAUAGCAGCAGCAGUAAGCCUAUCACGAUUAAGCAGGAAGAGCAGGCCAGCAGCCAAGGUCACGCCCUGUUGCGCCAGUGCCUACGCCCGGCCGCCGACGAUUACCAGCAACGCUGCCAUUUGCAAUUCCUCAAUCAGAUCGGAUCGGCCAUCGCUGCUCUUCCUCCAGCUCAACAUCAGCUUCAGGAGAUGAGCAUAAAAACGGAAAAGCCUUCCAAUGCUGCCUAUUGGCCAAACGGCAAUCCUAACAGUGCUCAGGGAUUGGCAUCAGUUCUCAGUCUGGUCAUGGAACAGGUCAACGAGGAAGUACGCUCCACCUGCGAGAUCCUUGGUGUUUCUCCCAAUCCGAGCCAGUGGUCAGCUGAUGAUGUUCGAGCUUGGCUUUUGUGGACGUCUCGCCAGUGCGCCUUGGGCCCAAUUCCGCUGGAACGAUUCCACAUGGAAGGGGCCGUUUUGGUGGCUUUGACGGAGGAGGAAUUCCGUACCAGAGCGCCUCAAGGUGGCGAUACUCUGUACGCUAAACUGGACAUUUGGCGCUCGGCUUGGAACCAGCGCUCUGCAGCGGCGGCUGCAGCAUCUAAAGCUGCAAAUGUUUCCACCGCGCCCAUGGUACCGACCAUCCAAGUAGAUGAACCUUGUGCGGAUAUGAGCGACCUGCUGGCUUGCUGGAUCAACACCACGCAGGAUCUCCAACAACCGCAACAAUGUUCUUCCAACAGUAUGCUGUCAGCUGGACAACACCUGCUGGCUGUACCCAGCCCAGCAUCAACCUCAUCUCAGCGUGGCGCACUUUCUCCUUAUUCGGAUCACACACAUUCCGGCUCGGAAGAUAUGGCCUCUGAAAUGGAAGAAUUGGAAGAUGAGGAAGAAGAUGAGGAACGGGCAGGGUCUUCAGCAUCGUCGAGAACGGGUCAAGCAACAACGGCGCCAUCUCCCAACGGCUCGCACAUUCACCUGUGGCAAUUCCUGAAAGAACUGCUCUCGCAGCCGGCCGUCCACGGUUCGGCCAUCCGCUGGCUGGACCGGCAGAGGGGCGUUUUUAAGAUUGAGGACAGCGUUCGGGUCGCCAAAUUGUGGGGGAAGCGCAAAAACAGGCCGGCCAUGAAUUACGACAAGCUCAGCCGCUCCAUCCGCCAAUACUAUCGUAAAGGCAUUAUGAAAAAGACGGAGCGGUCGCAGAGACUUGUCUACCAAUUCUGCCAGCCCUACGCUCUGUAAUCACACUAUCCAUGACGAGAAACAACCAGAUGUGUAUAUAUAUAUAUGUAUAUUAUUUUUUUUAAAGAUUUAAUUUCAUUUUUCCCAGUUAUUAUCCGCAUCUUUAACUGUAGUUAAAGUAUUUAAGCGGUUUUACAAACUUUCGUUAUCGUUUUAUUUGUUAUGUUUAUGUAUAUGUACAAGGUCUGGUUGUCGUCUGGUUUCUCUUUGAUACUCGAAGAGGAAAUGUGUUAUUUGUUCUAAAUUGCAAGAGAUCUAUUGACCCCACUCAUGUUUUGAACCCGUUCGUUUUGUCCACAUGGAAGGUAAUUUCCAUGUCGUUUGCCCGUGUCGCCGAAUUCCUUUUUAUCAAAUGUGUUUCUGUCUUGUUUGUCAUUCCUCUCCAUUGUUGUUUUUUUCCCGUUUUUUUUUAUUGUUGCCCGGUUACUGACCGUCGAUUCACCAAUUCUAUUCCCGUCAUCAGUUCGUUACCAUCCUGUAACUCGCCUCUUUCGCAUCCGUUUUUUUUUAAACGGGUAAUCCUUUGUUAGCGCUGGUGUUUACUUCCAUCAGCAGCUCGGGGUUAUUGUAUGCGGCAAGAAUGUGAAGUUUGUGGAGAGAAUUGAUUUGAUCGAGACAUGACAUUGGAAUCGAUUAGUUUCAGAAUGGGCGAUUUUUCUGUGUCCCAUAUAUCUAUGAUAUAUUGCGUUCGGUAAGUUCCAUGAACAACCGCAUUCACUUGUAUUAUGUGUUGCCCUCACAAAGUUGACCCAUUAUCUCCAAGUGUCUUAAUUGAUUUUUCCCGACUUGAAAUCAUCUCUUUAUCUUGUGUCAAGACUGCAGUUAGCAAUCUUGUUUAUCUAUCACGUGUCUUUACAAAAUUUAGUGUCUUAUCUUAUACCUCUUGAUGGUAAUCCCCCCUCAGUACGAGCGUGAAUAUUUUCUUAUCACGUUCAUUUUGUUGUUUAAAUUUUUCUUGUUUGUAUGGCGAUUGGAAUCGGGGGAGUGGAGCUGGAAACUUUAUUUCACCGUAUUGUGUUUUUGUUUUAAGUCUAGAACCUGGUGAUGGUGCCUUGAUUUUAUUGUUUGGUCUUACCAUUUUCUUCGAAGAAAAUUCGUAAAUCCUGUAUCGCGUAUCAGAAAACUAUCACACAAUAAAUCAUAUGAUAUAUUA